AUGACUUUCAUUUAAACAAAUAACACCAAUUUAUUGAUUUAGUUCUUAAGAAAAUGGACAGUGUAUAUCUUAACACAUAACUUAAAAAUGAGAUUUUCAACUAACAGACGAAUUAUUCAACAUGGUUAUUGUAUUAAAGAUGAUUUAAAUUGGCGACCGCAUAAUUUAGCAUUGAAUCCAAUUUAUUCAAAUUAUGGAUUAGAUUGGUCAUCGAAAUUACGUUCAAUUCAAGCAUAUCAAGAUGAAAGUAGGAAGGAUGAAAAUUUAUGGCCAGAGCAUUCAAGUCAUUUACGAACAUUUUCAAAAAUUCAUGAUCAUGGAUUAAGUCCAGAAUGGUUAAUGUAUACUAAUGGUUAUUAUACUGGAAAGAAAUGUUUAUUUAACGGUGUACAUCAACGUAGUGUUUAUUGUACAUCUGAAUACAUGUUACAUUAUGGAUUUACGCAUAAACGGCGAAGUGAUAUUAUUGAACAACAGUAUGAUUAUUUGAAUACAAGAAGACCAGGAGAUAAAAGUUAUAGAUGUGUUGAACAUUCACCAGAUUUUUAUAAAAUUGAUUCCACUGUUCCAAAAGUUCAAUUUGGUUUAAUUACACACAUGCCAAAACAAAUUGAUGUUCCACGAUUUCCAGUCAGUUCAAACAUACAACCAACUGAAAAUGAACUUGAUGAAGAUUUAAUGUUAAUACGUAAAGAAAUACAAGAAUUAGAUGAAUGGAAACCAGCGCCAACUUUAACUGAAACAAUAUCAUCAGUGAAAUUUUCAAAGAAAUAAUACCUUUUUUUCACGAAAAUACGAACGAAGAAGAAGAAUUCUAAUGACUUGAAACUAUGUAUAUAAUUGCAUUGUAUUUGAGUAGUGUUUUGAAAAACAAAAAUACUGAAUACCU